AUGGAUUUCCGGCAAGUGAGGAGGAUUCCAAUCACCAAGGGAUGGGGCCCUUGCAAAAGAACUCACUGGGUACCUGUGAGCGACUACGAGUCGUGGCAGACUCCUGACGGCUUCACCCAUACGUCGCACUGGAGCGUAGGCAUUGAUCCUUGGGCGCCUGGAAUCCGAAGACCAAGAAUAUUGCUGGCAGACCACGAUCUACAAUACCUGGGCUUUCGGGAAACGAGACCGGGAGGGCCUGGCUGGCUAUUGUGUCCUGGCCUCGGCGAGGUCAAUGAGAUAUUGGACGCGGCGUAUGCUCGAGAUCAGCAAGAGCUCGAGGAACGCCGGGCAAUUGAGGAACGCCGAGCAGACGAGUAUAGAAGGAAAUGGCUCGCCCUCCACGAGGCGCAGACUGCCACAAAUCGGUUACCUCAGCACAUGGAGGAGUAUCAUAACCAGAUGCAAAGGCCCAUCAACGACGACCGACUCCGAGGUCUGCAAACAGAUGCUGAGUCGUAUGCCGAAAGGAAGAGACAGCGAGAGGAAGAACAGCGCAGAAGAGAUCGAGAGAGGGAAAGGGAGCUCCGCGAUGCCGAGUUGGGACGGAGGACGCGCGAAGACCUGGAAGACUAUGGAUUCGUGCCUGUUACACGGCGGCGAGGGGGAGGGCGAGGAGGGCGGCGGUGA